AUGGCUACUCUCCUCUCCUCACCCCUCGCUACGGCGCCCAAGUUCGAUCUCUUUCAGCCGCCUAGCUCGCCCAAGUGCUACGCCAACGAUGAACUCCCCGCCGAUUUUGACAAGUCCUUCGGCUCCUCCAUGUCCAUCUCGGACUCGUUGGAUGGUCACACUUCUCACGCCUUCCCCACCUUGGUCCUCCCCCCUCAGCCUCUGCUCUUCGGUGGCAGCCUUGGCCUCGCCCAGAGCCUCGCUUCAUCCAACCGCACCCAGUCAUCCUAUCAUUCUUCCGCAUUGGCCGAACCAUCUCAGCACCACCACCAAUACCUCGCCAGACCCUCGCCACGCCAUACCCACUCGCUCGGCGCUGCCAUGGGAACCACUCUCAAUACGCGUCCUCAUGGUCUCGCAGCAAAGAUGAGCUCUCCCACGGACAUGGACAUCUCGCCCGCUCCCGUCGCGGCUCAAGUCUCCCACGUACGUCCCUCGCCCUCAGAAGCUCUACCAAAGCUUAUGGACAGCAUCCACGUCGGUGCGCCCUCCGACGCUACCGCCACCAACGACCGCCUUCAUCCCGUCCUGCGUGGUUCCAGCCGUGCCAGACCCGUCGCUACCGAGCGCAAGUCUUCGCUUCAGCUGGCCCACGCCAUGUCUUCGCGCCACUUUGGCGCCGAAAUCACGCUCAACUCGCAACGCAUAUUUGCCCACCAACAGGAUCUGCUAAGCAGUCCAGACAAGGAGCCUCCACCCAAGCGCAGACCUAACUCGCUUCCUACAAGACAGAGUGAAGCCAAUGAGCGCAUCUCUCAGCUCUCUUCAGCCCUCAUGGGCGUCGCAUCCGCCAAACCAAGCACGGCACUCCCCGCCCCUUUUUCGAAUCGCGAUGCCUGCUUCGGUGCUCCCUCCACCUCUUCCAAUCCCAGCACCAGUUUUGCUGCGCGCAACCGUCUGUCUGAUUCGGGUCUCGUUCUCGACCGACGCCUCAGCAAGCGCUCCUCUCGUCCAGGCUCGGCAGAGUCCUUCUUUGAAGAUGUAGAGAACGAGCUGGGUGCCAACCACCCGCUACCGCAAGACGACGACGACGACGAGGAUGCCGACGACAUCAACCCCUCCCCUUCACCGUCCAUGAACUCGCUCUCGGGCGCUAUAGCUGGUUACUUUUACGAUCCACUCUCGCCUGAAAAGCUCGCAAGCAGGCUCGGCAUGCCACCUGUUGACGGUCCCAAUCUGCUCGCUGCCAUGUCCAACACGGAUGCUUCGCCCAGCGUCGUCUCUUCCCCGCCUGCCUCAUCUCCCUGCACCCGCAUGCCUCCGCCCAAGCGCACUACCUCGCUCGGUACUCGCGCAUUUGAGCGUGCCAACACUGUAGCUGUCGUGCCCAGGGCAGCUUCCGCCUCCAGCUCAAGCUCAGGUAUCGGUGCGCUGCGUACCACAUUAGGCAAGCGUGCCAACCCCUACGUCAAGCGUCCCUCGCUAAUCAAUGAUCAGCCUGCCAUCCAGAGCGCCUAUCCGGUGCUUGGCAUCAACGGUCAGACCAACAGGGUCUCCCGCCCCACUGCUCCCGCACCUCGCCGAUGCGUCUCUGCCUUUGAUCAGAGCUCCGUGCUCGCAAGCGCAGCCGCUUCCAAGCCGAGUGCCAAUGCCAGUAGUAUCAGCGUCGACUCGCCCAUCUCCCCUGACCGUCGUCGUUCCCAGCUUUCCGGUCACAGCGAGGUGACGGAUGCCAAUGGCUCACCCAUCGCACCUGCGAUGCGAGCCCGCACGCGCCCCCAUUAUUUACGCCGCGGCAGCAAGGACGAUAGCUCGCCGCUUGCCUAUGGUACAGGCAUGAAGCGCAGCAGCUCGAGAGGCAACGAUACCAUGGUCGACGACUUGGCGCUUGGUGACCCCGCUUACGCCAACUCACCUGCCAGCGCUGAGAGCCUUCCCGGCUUUGGUGCUUCUGAAAAGGAGGGCAAGAUCCUUCCCUGUUUCAACGUCAAGGAUGACGGACUCAUGAGGAUCACCCCGCAGACCAUGACGGACUUGCUCGCUGGUAAAUACACCAACGCCAUCAUGAGCUAUCAAGUGGUCGACUGCCGGUUUGGCUACGAAUACCAAGGCGGUCAUAUCCCCGGUGCCAUCAAUCUGAGUACGGUCCAACGCGUCGUUGGUCAUUUUCUCCAGCCAGGGCUGGGACGCCACGCGAAUGGCGAGCCGCUUCCUCCACGAUCGCAGAGUGGAAAGCCGGACAAGUUUGGCAACCGACGCAAGCACGUUCUCGUUUUCCAUUGCGAGUUCAGCUGCAAGCGUGCUCCCACCAUGGCGCUAGCGUUGCGACAGGCCGAUCGAGGUCUCGCGCACGACUACCCCAACUGCCACUUCCCCGAGAUCUACAUUCUACAGGGCGGCUACUGCAACUUUUUCCAGUCGUACGCCCAGCUAUGUCAGCCUCAGCAGUACGUUCGCAUGGACGAUCCACGCUUUUUGGCAAGCAGAUCCACUGAGCUGCACGGAUUCAGGAAGCAAUUUUCGCGCCAUCGCAGUUUCACCUACGGUGAAGGCAAGAGGCAGUCAAUAGGCACCAACGCGGCUUCGAGAGGCGGCGCCGCUGCCCGGCAGUCGAUCAAGGAAGAGGAAGAUUCGACCUCGAUCAUGGAGGAGUCGCCCUGUCCUGGAGGAGCUUCGAUGAAGCUCAGUGCUCGAGCUAUGUCUGCGGUGCAAGUAGCGCACAGGCUCGACGCAACCACUUUGACUGCCGUGGACGAAAGCGCAGCUCCGGCUUUGGCGGUGGGCGCGGGCGAUACCAGCUUUGGCAGUGUCGGCGACUCGUCCUUCGAAGACGGUAUUGGCGAUUCUCCGUGUGCUGCCGCCGGCAGUCGUAAACCUGCCAUGAUCCUGCUCGCUCAAAUGGGUGCGCUGGGUGGUGCGCGUCGACCUUUGCUUCGAGCUGGUACCACGGGCAACAUCUUGUCGCGACAUAUGUCUUGA